GUUGGUGCGGUGGGGGUCGGGGUCACAUGGGUGGAUAGCAGAAUCCAAGCGAUAGGAACAAAAACUCAGAAGUAACACUCAGCGUCUGCCCAGGAGUAAAGUACACCAGGCCAGUAAGUCAAAAACCAAAAAGAAGCGAGCAACUGAGGACAAGAACAAGAAAGAAGAGGAGCGGAGGAAAAGAAAGACAAGCGGCAGAACAGAGAGCGAGAGAGGAGAUAGAGAUAAGAGUGUGACAAACAGGAGACAUUGAGAGGAAGCACAUGGUGUAAAAAUGCCCACCAACUUUACUGUGGUCCCAGUGAAGGACAACACAAGAAAGGCAAAACAAGAGGACGAGGACGAGGAUGUAGAUGACAACAAUGUUCUGAGAGAGGAAGAGGGAGACACCGCAGGUGAUGGCGUCCCAAAGGAAAACAGUCCCUUUAUCAACAGCUCAGAGAAUGACAAAGGCAACAGCUACGAUGGCACCAACAUGGCACUUUUUGAGGAGGAAAUGGACAGCAAUCCCAUGGUCUCAUCUCUCCUCAACAAACUGGCAAAUUACACAAACCUUACCCAGGGUGCCCAAGAACAUGAGGAGGCUGAUGAGGAUGAGGGGCCAAAGAAGAAAGCUGUCAAGAGUCCUCAGAUGGGGACCUUCAUGGGUGUCUACCUUCCAUGCCUCCAGAAUAUUCUGGGGGUCAUCCUGUUCCUGCGCCUUACCUGGAUUGUCGGCACCGCCGGCAUCCUUGAGUCCUUGGCUAUCGUCGGCUUGUGCUGCUCAUGCACCAUGCUGACAGCCAUUUCCAUGAGUGCAAUCGCUACUAAUGGUGUUGUGCCAGCUGGAGGCUCGUACUAUAUGAUUUCCAGGUCUCUGGGUCCAGAGUUUGGUGGAGCUGUUGGUCUCUGUUUCUACCUUGGGACAACCUUUGCUGGCUCCAUGUACAUUUUGGGUACUAUUGAAAUUUUACUGACUUACAUUGUGCCUAAAGCAGCCAUCUUUGUGGCAGAGAAAAAGGAGGAUGAGGUGAAUGCCCUGUUGAACAACAUGCGUGUUUAUGGCACGUGCUGCCUAGCGCUGAUGGCUGUGGUCGUCUUUGUCGGGGUCAAAUAUGUCAACAAGCUAGCUCUAGUCUUCCUGGCUUGUGUUAUUCUCUCUAUUCUUGCCAUCUAUGCUGGAGUCAUCAAGACUAUCUUUGAGCCACCAGAUUUUCCUGUUUGCAUGUUGGGGAAUCGAACGCUGCAGAACCACAACUUUGACACGUGUCUUAAAACUGAGACUAUAGGCAACAUCACAGUCACUACCAAGCUGUGGAAGCUGUUCUGUGAUGGACCUGAGCUCAACGCCACCUGCCCUGAAUAUUUUGUGGAAAACAAUGUGACUGUGGUGCAGGGCAUCCCCGGACUGACCAGCGAUGUCAUUUCAGAGAACAUGUGGUCACAGUAUGGCUAUCUGGGCAUGUUGGUAGAGAAGAGCAAUUUGGCAUCUGUUGGGAGAAGUGACCCUGAGCAGGACAAGUACAUGCCCUACGUAGUCAACGAUAUCGCCACCUUCUUCACGCUGCUCGUUGGCAUCUACUUCCCCUCAGUCACUGGUAUCAUGGCUGGUUCAAACCGGUCAGGUGACUUGAGGGACGCCCAGAAGUCCAUCCCCAUUGGGACCAUUCUGGCUAUCGCUACCACUUCUGUCAUCUACAUCACCUGUGUGGUCCUGUUUGGUGCCUGUAUUGAGGGAGUCCUGCUUCGAGACAAAUUUGGCGACUCAGUGAAAGGGAACCUUGUAAUAGGCACAUUAUCGUGGCCCUCACCUUGGGUUAUUGUGAUUGGCUCGUUUUUCUCCUGCUGUGGGGCAGGCUUGCAGAGUUUGACUGGUGCUCCUCGUCUGCUUCAGGCUAUUGCACGAGAUGGCAUUGUGCCCUUUUUACAGGUGUUUGGUCAUGGGAAAGCUAAUGGAGAACCUACCUGGGCUCUCCUGCUGACUGCUGGGAUCUGUGAGAUCGGCAUCCUCAUCGCUUCCCUGGACGCUGUGGCUCCGAUCCUCUCUAUGUUUUUCCUCAUGUGCUACCUAUUUGUCAACUUGGCCUGUGCUGUUCAGACUCUGCUGCGAACACCUAACUGGAGACCACGCUUCAAGUAUUAUCACUGGGCUCUGUCCUUCCUGGGAAUGAGCUUAUGUCUUGCUCUCAUGUUCAUCUCCUCUUGGUAUUAUGCUAUUGUUGCCAUGGGCAUCGCUAGCUGCAUCUAUAAAUACAUUGAAUACCGAGGGGCAGAGAAGGAGUGGGGUGACGGCAUCCGAGGUGUCUCUCUUAAUGCAGCACGCUAUGCCCUCAUCCGCCUUGAAGAUGCUCCACCACACACCAAGAACUGGAGGCCUCAGUUGUUGGUGCUCCUGAAUCUGGACACAGAUCAAGCAGUCAAACACCCUCGUCUGCUGUCCUUAACGACUCAACUGAAGGCAGGAAAGGGCCUGACGAUAGUGGGGAAUGUUUUGGAGGGAACCUACCUCACUAAGGAGACAGAGGCCAAGAAGGCUGAGCAGAACAUCAAGUCUUCCAUGUCAGCUGAGCGUACCAAGGGUUUCUGUCACGUUGUGGUGUCUUCAAACCUCAGAGAUGGUGUCUCUCACCUUAUCCAAUCUGCAGGCUUGGGCGGCAUGAAGCACAACACAGUUCUGAUGGCCUGGCCUGGAACUUGGAAACAGUCCAAUGAUCCGCAAUCAUGGCGGAACUUCAUAGAGACAAUAAGGGAGACCACAGCAACGCAUCACGCUUUGCUUGUGGCUAAGAAUGUGGACAGUUUCCCCACCAACCAGGACCGCCUGGGAGAGGGCACUAUUGAUGUGUGGUGGGUGGUUCAUGACGGAGGCAUGCUGAUGCUGCUGCCCUUCCUGCUGCGACAGCACAAGGUGUGGAGGAAGUGUAAGAUGCGCAUCUUCACUGUAGCCCAGAUGGAUGACAACAGCAUCCAAAUGAAGAAAGAUCUCCAGAUGUUCCUUUAUCACCUGCGACUGGAUGCUGAGGUGGAAGUAGUGGAGAUGCAUGAUAAUGACAUAUCCGCUUUCACUUAUGAGAAAACACUGGUGAUGGAGCAGAGGACUCAGAUGCUGAAACAGAUGCAACUUUCCAGAACUGAGAGGGAGAGAGAGAUUCAGAGUAUCACUGACGAAUCACGUAGCUCAAUCCGGAGGAAGAACCCGGGCGCUGCCCAGAGCGCGACCUUCAGCCGAGAGUCCUCACCGAUGGAGGACACUCAGGAGGAUGAGGCCCAGCUCAUCCAUGACAGGAACACAGCGUCUCAUGCAGCAAUAAACGACAAGGCUGACGCCGAGCCCGAGCGCGUUCACAUGACCUGGACCAAGGACAAACUCUUCACAGAGCGCAAUCGUAACCGCGAGUGCAACUCCAACGUGGCUGUGCGAGAUCUGUUUAACAUGAAACCAGAGUGGGAGAGUCUGAACCAGUCAAAUGUCCGUCGCAUGCACACAGCUGUCAAGCUGAACGAGGUGGUGGUCAACAAGUCGCAGGGAGCUCAUCUGGUUCUGCUCAACAUGCCUGGACCACCUAAGAACAGAGGAGGAGACGAAAACUACAUGGAGUUCCUAGAGGUUCUUCUCGAGGGUCUGAACCGGGUCCUACUGGUUCGAGGCGGUGGCCGUGAGGUCAUCACCAUCUACUCCUAAAAAAAGAAGAAGAAAAAACUCACACCCCAUCCUGCACACAUGGGCACAUCGCCAUGUUCACCGGACAUUUUCGGGGGGAAGGAGCCUAAUUUGUUUUUUAUGAAGGGCGGGGUUUGUUGGAAGGCGGGGACACUUGUGAUUGACAGAGGAUCUGAAAGACGCCUGGACAAAGGAAACAGUCUGAAUGAGUCAGGAAGAGAGAGAGAGCACAGUGUGUGUCCUCGCUGGGCCACAGAACCCCUGCACAAAAGAGCAUAGAGACACUUUAUAUCUUUCAUUUAACUCUGAAAACCUUGUACUGUUCUCUUCUGUUCCACUGUCAUAUUCUUUUCCCUUUGCGUUAUUGUUGUCAAGUUGGCACUCACUGUGUUAAGAUAAGCAGAGAUGAAAUGUGUGUUGCUCAUAUGAACCUGAUAGUCUUUCAUACUGUUUGGUGUAUUUAACUCGAGGAGGCACACAGACUUUUACUGGACCUGAGAAGAACAAGCACAGAGAUAGAAAUGUUACAUAAAGGAUUUGGGUAAAGACAUAUUUAUUAGAAAGUCAUUCUUUUGCUGUUGUCAAAGCUGUACAGCAGAACGGUCACAUGACACAUCAGGAGAUGUAGGGAAGCAUCCUGGCUGCAGCUGACAGUGUGUACUCAUAGUGUUCAGUAGUUGUUUGCUAAGUCAGUGAGGCAGCAAAGGACCAGCCAGGAGGAUAGGGAAUGUGCACCAGGUGUUGUCCUGGUGUUGGACGCCUCUCACAUUUCCCACCCAGGAAAAUAGCCAUAGCUAGUAGUGCGUCAAGUCAACAUGUAUAUUUAUGUGUGUGAAGUAGUACUCAGCUGGGAACAAAUAUCAAUUUUUUUUUAUUCCAAGGGCUGUUUGACAGCAUGCUGUACAGUAGCUUAAUAAAACAUAGAUUGGCUUGUAGGUUUACACAUUUAAUCUAACCUUAUCCCACAGAAUUAUUUGGCAUUUAACGAAGCAUACUUUUAAAAGUACACUUUGACUCACCUGAAUUAGUGGAAUUCGCCCCAUACUGGCACAAAAUGCAGCACUGUUGACUUUGCACUACCAGUCUUUCAGCACUUGAAAGCACUCGUGUACUUUUCACAUGGUUCUCCGGCCCACAGCCAUGCUGUACGUCGGCCGAUGUUACAACAAUCUUGGAUGCAAACAACGAGCAAUUCAACUCUAUUUAAUAGUUUCAAUGUUGUUUUUAUAAACAGUCACAGACUGACGAGAUGAAUUGUUAUGUAGGAGGAAAAAGUGCCAAAAUGAUUAUAAAAGAAACUGUGGAUGUAUUAUUACUGCAGAUCAUGGCCAAACUCUAGCUAAGUUUUGGGAGAAAAACAAAAACAAAGGAAAGAAAAGCACAACUCUGAAUAUUAUUUUAUUGUGGAAGUCCUGCUUAGAUUAAAUUUUGCUUAUGAAUAAAAUGCAACUUCAAGGGCAUUUCAAUCCAAAGCGAUAAGACAAAUCUGCUUUGGUGGAAGAAAGAAGGAAAAGCGAUCCCACCCCUCCUCACGUGUACCUCCACAGUUUCUUCUCAGAUUUUAGCCGUGCAGUAUUCCUAUAAAGCAGAAAGUCUUGUUUUCCUGCAGUUCUGAUUAUUACUUAUCCAUCAUGUGUGUUUAUGUUCGGUUGUUGAUGUAUGCCUCUGUACUCUCUAGUCCUCUGUAUGGUUUGUUACAUCAGUCUUCUGUUACGUCUGUUACGUUAAAUGUUCAUUUGUCAGCGGGAUCUUUACAGAAGGAGGCGGUUUGUGUGUAUACGGCAGCAGUUCAGUUGUCUAGUUUUCUUUUUCUUUUUUUGUUUUGUUUUGGGUUUUUUUUGUUGCAGUUCACCAGAAACACAACAUGCACAACACACAGGACUGAAAAGCUCUCAUGAUACUGUGGCACCCUGAAGGAAAAAAAAAAAAAAAAACACGGGUGAAGCAACCGGGGUGAAUGAAUGGAGGAAAUCUGUCACACGCUACAUGAAGUUCAAUGUUACUAUUUCUGUUUUAGCCACCAAAGAGAUAAACACAAGAUUAAUAAACCUGAAUUGUUUUAGUUUAAAGAAGACUGAAAGUUGUGAAGAUAACUUAUUAAAAAUGUUUUUAAAGUGGUUACUGAGCAAAGGAAGUAGCUGUGCAUCAAGGAAACAGGAAAUGCAAGAGAAAGUCAAACAGAUAAAUAAAAUAUAAAGAGAGUAAAUAGGAUUGCCAGCGGUGUGUGUGUGUGUGUGUGUGUUUCACAGCUCUAAUGUGACUGGAGUUGUUGAAUCUACCUCAAGGUGCCGCUGAGGCUCUGGUUGAAGAGUCUUUGAGGAGGGAUGUUCCACGUGGAGCGGCGCUGUGUGUGUUUCACCUGAGGGGCCUCAGAGGUGGAACAGGAAGUCACUUGUGUGCGCACAUCACAUAUAGAACAAGGUAGCCCUGUAAACUGUAUUUGUGCCUCUGAGUAAUUAUUAAAAGCGCUGAAGUCAAA